UUCGAUCUGUUAGCCUGAAAGGUUUCUGGGGGUGGCUUUGGGUGAACAUUCAUGGGUUGGGUGAUAACUAGAAAGCAUAUCUAUCGGAGACGUGGAAGAGGUAAACGAAUGAAUGCACGCAUCAGAAUUAUCACCGUGGGAUGCAAGAAAGGCGCCGUGAAAGCAUCGACAGGAAAGCAUCAAGCUUGAAGCGCCAAUAAAAUCGAAGAAGUUGAAUAAAUAAAUAAUGGAUUAAUUGGAUGCAUUGCGGAUCGAUAAUAAUUGAUGAUUGUGGUUGGCGGAGGAGGUAUUGAUAAUAAAUUGUUUGAACAACAGCAAAAAAGGCGUUAUACUGAUUUAUGAUUUUGGUUUAGUGAGAAAGCGUUGCAGAAAAGGCUCUCUGGUGAUAUUAAUAAUAAAUUGAGUGAAGCGCAUCUGUUGAGUUCAAAUGAAGCAAGCAGCUACGUAAGGGUGUGGAAAAGGAGCAAAUAUUUUACGGGAGAUUCUGCGGGAAGUGAAAAGUUACGUGAAGAGGAAAUCGAUAAAGUUUUCAACACAGAGAAUUAAUGCAAAUGAUAGAGAUUCUCCAUGACCUGUGGUAUUCAUGGCAGUGUUUUCACAAGUGAUGCUGAGAUUAUUUUUUGGCUUGCAAAAAAGUGAAGCAAAGUAGAGUAGAAAGAGCCAAAGCGGUAAAAGUGUUAGAUAAUUUGCAUAUAAAUUGGAUCUGAGGGUAAAGUGAAACAGGAAAAGUUGUUAAAUGGUUUAGUUACCAGGAUAAAAAAAAUUGAAUGUGUGAAUUGAUUAGAGUUUGUGUGAGAGCUUCCACGAAAAGAUUUUAGCAUGGAGGAAGAACUACGCUGUCCUGUUUGUAAGCAACUGUUUUCAAGCCCGGUGUUGCUGCCGUGCUAUCAUGCACUCUGCCUAGCUUGUGCAGUGGACAUUCAGACAAGUGCCAACCAAGUCCAUGCUCACGCUCCAGCAAUUCAUUUGCAUCAACAACAUUCGCAAUCAUCGGCAUCCUCAGUCAGCACGGGUAGUUCUAGUACCACCGAAAGUGUAUCCUCUGAUCAAGACCAGGCUGAUAAAGUUAGCAUUCUCAGUGAAGCCGACUCUGGUGUUAUCUGCUGUACAUCCCGUCCAGGCUCAUACGCGGGCACCCCGAAUCUUCAAGGCCUCCUCUUCCCACCGUCCGGUACAGGUUCGGUUUUUUCUCUUGCUUGCCCCGUUUGUCGUAAAAUCGUAUUUUUCGACGAACUUGGCGCCAGAAACUUGCCAUUGUAUCGUGCCAUGGAAUCCAUUGUCGAUCGUUUCUGUGAACGUGAAGCCCUACGUUGUCAGAUGUGUGAAACCGAACCACCGAAGGUGGCAUCCGUUGUUUGCGAACAGUGUGAAAUCCGUUAUUGCGAUGGAUGUCGUGAACUAUGUCAUCCGGCGCGUGGUCCAUUGGCUAAGCACACACUUACCAAGCCACGUGGCGCUUCUCAGCUUCGAGAGUCCAUCUGCGGUGAGCACAACGAACCACUAACGAUGUACUGCAUGGGAUGCAAGCUGCCAAUCUGCAACCAGUGCAUGGGCGACAAUCGCCAUCAGUCACACGACCUGCAGUCGAUCAUGGCGAUGUGUAAAGCUCAAAAGACUGAACUGUCACACAAUCUUCAGCAACUCUCGGAAAAAGCCCGAUCAACGACAGAAUUCAUCCAAAGACUGAAAGGAAUGAGCGAUAAGGUGACGGAGUCCUGCAUCGAGUUCGAGCGACUAGUGACGUCGCAAUGUGAGGCACUGAUAGAGGCAAUCCACAGGCGGCGGGAAGUCCUUCUGGAGGCCAUUCGGCAGGAUAAAGAUACCAAAAUUCGAACAUUGAAGGAUCAACAAGCGAGCUGUACGGGCAAGCUACAACAAACCACCGGAUUAAUUCAGUUCUGCAUCGAAGCGUUGAAAGAGACUGAUAGUGCGGCAUUUUUGCAGGUUGGCUCAAUGCUGAUUAACCGGGUCGCGAACACCGACAUGACAUGGCAUCAGGAGGUGACGAAUGCCGCUCCUCGUGUUUCACCGAUCGUCGAUCUCACGCUGGAUGACAGCUCAGUCAUUCGAGCAAUUGAUAAUCUCAACUUCAUUCAAAUGAAGCUUCCGUUAGCGCCGAUUAUCAUCCCCGAAGAUUGCUCUGCGGAAAACAACUCAGUAACUGUUGCGUGGCAACCACCGAACCACUCGUUUGUGCAGGGCUACGUUCUGGAGCUGGACGACGGAAGUGGCGGAGAGUUCCGGGAAGUGUACUGCGGAAAGGAGACAAUCUGCACCGUUGACGGGCUGCACUUUAACUCGAUGUACAACGCACGGGUAAAGGCUUUCAACAGUACAGGCGAGGGCGAAUACUCGGAACUUAUUGGCUUGCAAACGGCGGAAGUGGCCUGGUUCACCUUUGACAUGGUGCUGAGCGGUGGACCUUGUUCGGGUCUCAAUUUUUCCAACGACAACCGGACAGUCUCGGCCGACGGCUGGGAGCACCGGGUGGCUCUCGGAUCGGUUGGGUUCUCUCGCGGCGUUCACUACUGGGAGUUUACUAUCGACAAAUAUACGGCCGACACUGAUCCCGCCUUCGGGAUAGCCCGGAUUGAUGUGGCUCGCGAUAAGAUGCUCGGAAAGGAUGACAAAGGCUUUGCAAUGUAUAUCGAUCGGCAACGGUCAUGGUUCCAGCACAACUCUGUACAUGAACGGCGUGUUGAAGGCGGUAUCUCUACCGGCAGCACUAUUGGAGUCCUUUUAGAUCUCGAGCGCCAUACGCUGCACUUUAUCGUCAACGAAAUGCCGCAGGGUUCGGUCGCGUUCCGUGAUCUCUAUGGCGUCUUCUAUCCGGCUGUAAGUGUGAACCGUGGCGUCACAUUGACACUUCACACCGGGCUCGAUGCACCCCAUAUGGACUAUCACUGAAACGAACUGAGGGGUGACGACUAGCAGAAAGGACGGUUGCAAGAAAAUA